AUGGCACCUGUUACAAUUGAGAAAUUCGUGAAUCAAGAAGAACCGCAUCUUGUUUCCAAUCAUUCACCAACAAUUCCGUUUGGUGAAUACAUAUUUAAAAGAUUACUGUCCAUCGGUACGAAGUCUGUUUUUGGUGUUCCCGGUGAUUUCAACCUAUCACUAUUAGAAUAUCUAUAUUCGCCCGAUGUUGAAUCAGCUGGUCUGAGAUGGGUCGGCACCUGUAAUGAACUAAAUGCUGCUUAUGCUGCUGAUGGGUAUUCUCGUUAUUCUAAUAAGAUUGGCUGUUUAAUCACCACGUAUGGCGUGGGUGAGCUGAGCGCCCUGAAUGGUAUAGCCGGCUCAUUUGCUGAAAAUGUCAAAGUUUUGCACAUUGUUGGUGUGGCCAAGUCCAUAGAUUCGCGUUCGAAUAAUUUUAGAGAUCGGAAUCUGCAUCAUUUGGUCCCACAGUUACAUGAUUCAAAUUUUAAAGGGCCAAAUCAUAAAGUAUAUCAUGAUAUGAUAAAAGAUAGAGUUGCUUGCUCGGUGGCUUACCUGGAAGACAUUGAAACUGCAUGUGACCGACUCGAUGAUGUUAUCCGCGACAUUUAUAAAUAUUCUAAACCUGGUUAUCUUUUUGUUCCUGCAGAUUUUGCGGAUAUGUCGGUUGCAUGUGAUAAUUUGGUUGAUAUUCCACAUAUAUCUCAACAGGACUGUAUAGUAUACCCUUCUGAAACUCAAUUGUUCGACAUAAUCGACAAGAUUACUAGUUGGGUAUAUUCCAGUAAAACACCUGCGAUCCUUGGAGACGUACUAACGGAUAGAUAUGAUGUGAGUAACAUUCUGAACCAACUUAUCUACAAAACUGGGAUUUGGAAUUUUUCCACUGUUAUGGGAAAAUCUGUAAUUGAUGAAUCAAACCCAACUUAUAUGGGUCAGUAUAACGGUAAGGAAGGUUUGAAACAAGUCUAUGAACAUUUUGAACUAUGCGACUUGGUCUUACAUUUUGGAGUUGACAUCAACGAAAUCAACAAUGGACAUUAUACCUUUACUUACAAACCAAAUGCUAAAAUUAUUCAGUUUCAUCCGAAUUAUAUUCGCUUCGUUGACACUAAACAUGGUAAUGAGCAAAUUUUUGAAGGAAUCAACUUUGCACCUGUUUUAAAGGAACUGUACAAACGCAUUGACGUUUCCAGAUUUUCUUUGCAAUAUGAUUCAAAUGUAACUCCAUAUACGAACGAAACAAUGCAAUUAAAAGAUCCUACCAAUGAUCAAUCAAGCAUUAUUACACAAGUUCACUUACAAAAGACGAUGCCUGGAUUUCUGAACCCUGGUGAUGUUGUAGUUUGUGAAACUGGCUCUUUUCAAUUCUCUGUUCGUGAUUUCGCAUUCCCUACGCAACUAAAAUAUAUAUCACAAGGUUUUUUUCUUUCCAUUGGCAUGGCUCUUCCCGCGGCUCUAGGUGUUGGGAUUGCCAUGCAAGAUCAUUUAAACGCACACAUCGAUGGUGGUAACAUAAACGAGGGCUACAAGCCAAGACUAAUUUUGUUUGAAGGUGACGGUGCUGCACAGAUGACAAUCCAAGAACUGAGCACCAUUCUGAAGUGCAAUAUUCCACUAGAAAUUAUCAUUUGGAACAAUAACGGUUACACUAUUGAAAGAGCCAUCAUGGGUCCUACCAGGUCCUAUAACGAUAUUAUGUCUUGGAAAUGGACCAAAUUAUUUGAAGCAUUCGGAGACUUCGAUGGGAAGUACACCAGCAGCACUGUCAUUGAGUGUCCCUCCAAAUUAGCACUGAAGCUGAAAGAGCUUAGGAAUUCAAACAGAAGAGACCGGAUAGAACUUUUAGAAGUCAAAUUAGGUGUAUUGGACUUCCCCGAACAGCUAAAGUGCAUGGUGGAAGCGGCUGCACUCAAAAGAAAUAAAAAAUAA